CGGUGCGGCUUGUGGGUUCAACCAGGGGUGUGAGUGAAAUGGUAAAAGCUAUUGGAAGGAAUCACUAAGUGGGGAGGGCGGCCUAAGUGAGGGAUUGGUGGUGGUGUUUAGGGCUGGGCUUUGGCUGCCGGGAUGGAUGUGGCCGGCAGCCACCGGAAGCAAGGGAGGGGGCACUUCAAUCGGCGGUGACAAGGGAGCUCGUGGAACGAGAGAGAGGGGGGAACAGGGAGAGUCGUCACGAAGCUCUCUCGUGGUCUUAAGCCCGAGUUGAAGAGGAAGAGAGAAGAAGGGGGAGACGAGUAGGCGGAGGAGCCGUUGUGGAGAUCUGGCGGCGGAAAAGCCGGUGGACAUGGAUUUCGACGACCAUGAUGAGGGGGAUGAGGAGAUAGGCUUGCCGGUGGGGUCGAGUUACGACACAGUGAUGGAGAAUUUGGGUGGAGGAGGAGGAGAAGGAGGAGGAGCUAAGAUGAGCGAAGGAGGGGAGUCGGUGGCGGCGACGGCCGGUGUGGCGGUGGGAGGUUCAGGACACCGGAAGGCGCACGGUGGCGGAAGCGGAGGAGGAGUGAGGUACAGGGAAUGCUUGAAGAACCACGCUGUGGGGAUCGGGGGGCAUGCGGUGGACGGAUGCAGGGAGUUCAUGGCGGCGGGGGAGGAGGGGACUCUCGAUGCCCUCAGCUGCGCGGCCUGUGGGUGCCACCGCAACUUUCACCGGAAGGACUCGGGGGGAAGCGGCGCCUGGGGAGGAGCCGCCGUUGGUGGUGGUGCAAUGGAGGUCACCGGGUACCAUCCUCAGUUCUCGCCCUAUUACAGGACGCUGACGGGGUAUCUGCACCACCCUCCCUACCCGCCGGCCACAUUUGCGCAGCAGCAUAGGCCGUCGCCGCUGGCGCUGCCCUCGACGUCGGGGGUUGGAGGGCACAGCAGGGAAGACCACGACGACGUGUCGAACCCGACGAUGGGAGGCGGCGGAGGAGGCACGCGGGCCUCGGGAUCGGGGGUGAGGAAGAGGUUUCGGACCAAGUUCACGCAAGAGCAGAAGGAGAAGAUGCUGGCCUUCGCGGAGCGGCUGGGUUGGCGGAUCCAGAAGCACGACGAGGCGGCGGUGCAGCAGUUCUGCGAGGAGACCUGCAUCAAGCGGCACGUCCUCAAGGUGUGGAUGCACAACAACAAGCACACCCUCGGUGUUUGUUGUUGGGAGGAGGCUCAGCAUUUGUCGCCCUCCCACCGAUUCCAAACCAAGUCCCACAGUACCACAGCACUGAUGCAUGUAGAGCUCAUGCCGCAUCUGCUUCUUCGUCUCUACCAAACAAAGCGAAAAGAAAAGAUCCAAUAUUUCUUGUGACCUUCGACGAGGAUACUGCUUCGUCUUUUCGAUCACUCUUACCAUCUUUUUACCAUUUCUUUCUUUUGUUCAAGUUGGUCGAAGACCAAAAGAAUUGAGAGAGAGAGAGGGGUGUGAUCUCUGGGAGAUUCGAAGAGUACAGCUUAGUGGGAAGCAUGGGGCCGUUGAAGGUGAUGCGGCUUCUACCAUGGGGAUAUGAUGAGUUAUUAAUGGCACUGGUGCAUGUCGUCGGCGUUGGCACAUUCCUGGGCCCAUGCCGAACCCAUCGGCCAGAGUAGAGCAGGAGAGGAUGAUGAGCUUAUGGAUCCGAGGCACUGGACCAGUAACGAUGGACCACACACGCAGAGACGUAGGACACGGGAAGAAAAGAAGACCUCUGAUCUGGCCUUUCAUGGAUUCGCCUGUGCCCCGCCUCCCAAGAUCUGGACGCAGCUCUCCGAUGACCUACACCAUUAGCUCCGGGCGGAGCUAAUGGUGAUGCGGUUUCAUACAAACACGAAGGCCAUGUCGAGGAUGCAAAACGCGUUGCGCAACUGCGGGAUGUACUUGUGACAGACAUGUUGAUCCUUAUCAUAUGACCAAGAAGUGAUAUCAAGUCGAGAAUGCAGAAUGCAUUCUGCAGCUUCUGCAGGCAGUACUUACGACAGACACACUGAUGCUUUUCAUAUGACAAAGGAGAUGAAGAAUGCAGGAUGAGUUCUGCAAUACAAGGGUGCAGCAAUAGAUGGCAGGGUCAAUUUGCGGUCCCAUGUACAUACCUUUCAGAUUGAGCAUGAUGUUCCAACUGACAUGAAGCAUGCAUACUUUUCA